ACCUGCAACAAUUUUCUCAAACCUCAACCGUUCAAAACGACACGGAGACACACAGACACACAGACCACACAUAUAUACGAUCUCAAACUCCCUUGAACAUGACAAUCCUCUCCUGGCCGCUCCUCGCGAGCCUGCCCCUCGUGGUCUUCCUCGUCAUCAACCUCAAAGCGAUCCCGCUGGUCUGGCACUUUCGGCUCUUCACAUUCCUGCUCCAGUCGCGCUCGUGGCUCAGGCCGUCACAAGUCCAAGACGGCACACUCGUGGGAAAGACACCUGUUCUGUUUCAACCGUUGAUCCUACACAGUCGCUCGCCGCUGCUCGAGAUUGACUACUACCUGCACAAGUCCAACGCGACUUUCUUCUCCGACGUCGACAUCGCACGGUCCCAUCUGGUCGCGGCGUUGAUGUGGCCACUUUUGCGCCGGCCAGAAGCGGGCGUACUCUUGCCCUCUAAAGGGGCGGACGUUAAGUCCGGCAAUCAAAGGCUGGCCAUCAUGCUCGGCGCCGUGAGCUGCUCGUUCCGCCGUGAGAUCAAACCGUUCGAGAAGUACGAGGUGUGGACGCGCGUACUGGCCUGGGAUGACAAAUGGGUUUAUUUUGUCAGUCACUUUGUGCGCGCCGGCGUGGUUCGAGGCCGCGGAAGGUUCACUUUGCAACAGCAGAGAUCGGCGGUUGGAGGGCAGCGGCAGCGGGUUGCAAAGGCCGAGGUUGAAAAGGCUGUCCUAGCCACUGCAGUCAGCAAAAAUGUGCUCAAGUUGGGGAGAACGACGGUCCGGCCAGACGAUGUGUGGAAGGCGGCGGGCUUGUGGCCGUCGGGAGGGAACAAGGACGCAUUGGACCGAGUGGAAAAGGCGAGGCUCCGGGGCUUGCAGGCAUUGGCAGAGUCAAAGGAUGGUGCCGCUUUACAUGGGCUUUUCGGAGACCUUGUAGACCAUGAAGACGGGGUUGCGGCGUUAGGUGAAUAUCAUGAUAUUUUCGCCUGGGCUUAGGUACCUAGGUAGACUUUCUGACGAUACGCUUGACCGGGGCCUCGCUCCCUGCGUCGUGGAAGAAGUGAGCUGUAGCGAUGUAACUGUCGCUGAAGGUGUAAAGACUGCGCAGACCGAGUCUA